AUGCCAAUUAAACUGCCAAAGUGUAUCCCCGGCAAGAAGCCCCACUACAAGUUGUACUACUUUGACGCUCGCAACAUUGCCGAGCCUAUUAGACAAGUCUUCACCUAUGCCAAGGUCGAGUUCGACGAUGUCAGAGUAACUCAAGAAGAGUGGCCUGAGCUUAAAGAACGUAAGGUUUUGUUUUUAAAUGACUUUACUAUGUAAUAAUCUAUAAUGUAAUCAACGUUAUCUUGUAUCAAUUUAACCUAUUAUAAGAAACGUCUUGUUAUAGUUGAUAGGUGUCAGUAUCACCUUUUUAAAGCAAGAAAUGUUUUAGGUAUGCCAUACGGAAAGGUGCCAGUUCUUGAAGUCGAUGGCAAGCAGUUGACUGAAAGCUCAGCCAUCUUGUGGUACGUCGCCGAGAAGUACAGUAAGUUAAAUUUCAAAUAGUUCUGUGCUCUUCUCGAAACAAUUUUUUUUAGGUUAAGGGACACAUAAUUAAUUGAAAAACUUAAUAUUAAUGUAAAUUAGUUUUAAUAACCACUAAGUAAAUAGUUGUACAGCUCUUAAUGGUGCUAUUAGUCAAAAUAUUUAGAAUUGACUGGUCGCAACGAAUGGGAAAAGGCUAAAGUUGGAGAAUUGAACGACAUUUUGAAGGACUUCAGAAGCGAGUUGGCCCCAUGGUUCUACGCUAAGGCUGGUAUCAGGGAUCCAGAAACUGUAAGUUUUUAUUGAUUACUCAAAGACCUAUAUUAAUAUAGUCAAAUUAACCUUCAAAUUCAAAUUUUUAUCAAAAAACUUUUUCAGGAAGCCGAACGCUACGAGUCUGUAGCCAAGCCAGUGACCAAGAAGUUCCUGGAGCGUUUCUCUCAAGUCCUGAGAACCCACCAAGGCGGCUUCUACGUUGGCAACAAGGAGACCUUUGUUGACUUCGCCAUCGCUGACUACAUCUUCACUCUGAACAAAAUGGCUCCAGAUCUCUUGGCCGAACGUCAGGACCUUCUCCAGCACGUUGAGAGAAUCCACAACCUUCCUCAACUCAAGAAGUACAUCGAGUCGAGAAAGGAUACCAUCGUUUAA